AUGAAAGCAGCAGAGCUUGCCAACGGGCGCUCCGAGCGUAAGCUCUCGGUGCCUGAUGAACCUCAUGGCGGCGACGAGAAGGAAACACGAGCACAGCGAGCUCAGUGGCUCCGAGCUGCAGUCUUAGGCGCCAACGAUGGCCUACUGUCCACAGCUUCUCUCAUGCUUGGAGUUGGAUCAGCCAAGGAGGAUCGGCGGUCUAUGAUAGUCUCCGGGGCCGCUGGCGCCGUCGCCGGUGCAUUCAGCAUGACCGUCGGCGAGUUCGUGUCUGUAUCCAUGCAAAGAGACAUUGAAAUGGAAGGAAGAAAAACAAAGUCAGUCGAGCAGACUGCCAUGGCUUCAGCUAUUAAAAACUUCACUCCACCGCCGCCACCGCCGCCGUCGCCGGCAAUACUAGCAGCUGCAUCACCACCUCUAGCGUUGUCCGGCCUGUCAGCGGGGAGGUCGCCGAUGAUGAGAGCAAUUGCAGCAGCUAGAAGCAGGGAAGUUGGCAAAGGUGAUGAUGGAGAGCCGCUGCCAAGCCCGAUCAAGGCGGCGGCGGCUUCGGGGCUUGCGUUCAUGGCCGGUUCACUGGUGCCGUUCCUGUCGAGCGCUUUCAUUAGCCAUCAUUGGAUAAGGCUUUUGGUGCUUGCUAUCGUGACAUCGGUUGCUCUGGCUGCGUUUGGAGGACUAGGAGCUUAUUUGGGUGGGUCUCAGGUGAGGACGUCGGCGAUGAGGGUGCUGAUCGGAGGGUGGGUCGCAAUGGGGGUCACCUACUUGUUGCUUAAGCCCCUGGGUAAAGAUCACAAGGAUGGAUGAUUAGGUGCCUUCUUCUCGCUCGGUAAUACUACUUUAUAUACGAUGAAAUGGUAGGUGGCAAAUAAAUUGUUCGGAUUGUCACUCAACUUCCUUCUUUGGCUUAUUACAAGUGUGUCAUGUAUUAGUAUAGGUUGAUGUGUCUAGUCUUCUCUUCCUCUGUUGGAUGGAUGUCUGGUCAGGACAUUACUUUCCAAGAUCUUUUUAGUACCAUGCGAUACAACAGAAAGAAAGAAGAAAUAAAAUAAAACAAUCAAAAUACGUAGAUCA